UAAUUGCAUAUCAGAAUUCAGAAGAUUCUAAUCUUUAAAAAGGAGCCAGAAACGACUCAAAGGUCAAGUCAGAGACUCUGAGUUCGUCGCCUACAAAUUAAUCUUUCUUCCUUCGUUUCUUCAGAUUCACGCUUUCUCCUCACUCGGUUAUAUUUUUCGUAGCUUGUUCAUUCAGAUAUGGCUUCUUCAAGAUGGAUCAGGCCCGAGGUGUAUCCACUGUUUGCUGCAGUGGGAGUUGCUGUUGGAAUUUGCGGGAUGCAGCUUGUUAGGAACAUCUCCACCAACCCUGAAGUCAGGGUGACAAAGGAGAAUAGGACGGCUGGUAUACUUGACAACCACGCAGAAGGAGAGAGGUACGCGGAGCACGGUCUGAGGAAGUUUGUGCGCAACAAAGCUCCUCAAAUCAUGCCAUCUAUCAAUGGCUUCUUCUCCGACCCCAAGUACUGAAAUGAAG